GAGGAGACUUCCGGGGUGGGCGGACCGUCUCUCACGUCAUCAGUGUGCUGCGGCCCAGAGCGGAGAGGUGAUCGGAGUGAGCGGAGCGGGCACACACGGGGCUACAAAGAUGCCGGUUUCUGUAGGUGGACCUUAUGGGCAGUCACAGCCCAGAUGUUUUGACAAAAUAAAGAUGGGCUUCAUGAUGGGGUGCACUGUGGGCAUGGCAGCCGGCGCUCUCUUUGGCACUUUCUCCUGUUUAAGAUAUGGAAUGAGAGGACGAGAACUUAUUGGUGGCAUUGGAAAGACGAUGAUGCAAAGCGGUGGCACCUUUGGGACAUUUAUGGCCAUUGGAAUGGGAAUUCGGUGUUAAAUUGUGUGAUUAAUGGCUGCAUUAUUGACCUAUAAAAGAUUUCACAGAGAUCGUCCAGUGUCCUUUAUCAAUGUUUAGGUAGAUAUCAUUCUGUAAAGCUGUCCCUGGAAAUAGCUGGCUUGUUCAGUGAAUAUGGAGGGACACCGUCCAGCCCUUUUAUUGUUCGCUCAGAUUCAAUUACAUUAUGAAUUCCCUGUAUAUGUGUCCGUUUGGUGUAAGCUCUCAUUUGAGAGCUUUCCUUUCAGAUGUACACUACCAUGACUUGUUAUAUAUUGCCUUCUAUCAUUUUAACAAGGAACAAUAAAACAUUUUUUUCCAACUA